GUGCACGGUUGGACACGUUGAAGGGGACCAUCUUGUGCGCGGUUGCGCAAGUGAGGUUUGAGGAGUCAGCGCCAUCUCGUCGAGCAAGCAGAGACAGGAAGAGUCGCAAAACUCGUCAGGCGCAGGAGACAUUCUAUGAAUAGGAAGAGAUAUUCUAUCAAUAGAGCAUCUAUCAACAUUGAAUGUUCCCCUAUCGGCACGUGAGUUUGUCGGUCGCUGUCAGCAUUUUGGGGGUUGUUUACCCCGCAGCAGCUGGGCCUUCACCAUCUCCCACCACCUCGACAUCUCCCCUUCCUCCUCUCUCCACAUGUCCCAUUUCAGUCGCCUUUUCUUGGAUUUGGUUCGUCUCCUGUGCUCGCCGUCAUGAAGGACUCGCCAUCUCUCACGAUGAGUCGCCUGCUCCGUUGUCACCAUCUGGCCUUCCAGGCAUCCAUCCAUUUCGCCCAGCCCCCCCAACACCUUUCACGGUUCCGCUUCUGGGAAAGCCGGUGAGGGAUGGAUUGCGCCCUUUCUUCACCUGGAACACACAGUCCUCGCAAGCAUCCAUCGAGAAGGGAAACAUUGACGUGACAGGACGAAGCGGCUCCUCCCCGAUCCCGAUCUACCUACUGUGGUGUGGGUGGACCCUUCCCGGCGCCGUUCCAGCCCUACGCCCUGCCGCCAUUCACCCAUUCACCACACGCUUCAGCCUGGGGCUCGGCGCCAGUCACGCUUCCGCCUGAUGUCCACUCCAGAUGACCUCAAUCGUGUGCCUUUUUGAUGACUCUUUUCGGGGUCCCUGGAGAACAACUACUCGCAGGCGCAAAAAUGUGCAGCCUAUGGCUCCCUGGCCAUUCAUUGCAGCCUCAGCAUCUGCCCAGCCUAGGUCAGAAGGGCUUCGCCUCCCCCCAAAUGAUUCACCGCUGUCUGGCCUUCUCUACUGGCCGUCCAUGUUCAGGCAUCUACGUAUUCUAGGGAAAGUCGUCGGAGGUUCGCGAAGUCAUUGCUCACUGUCCUCGUGGUCUCCUUCCGUCAAAACAUUCGUCUCAG